CGCAGAGUGUCGUCGCCCAUAUUACUAUAUCCCUACCCCAACUCCAAGGCGCCAGUACUCCUCCUCCCCCUCCCUGCCACUCCCCUUCCAUCUACGCCAAUUCUCUCUCGGACGUGGGGCCCGGUCUCGUCCUCGCUGUGCGUCAUCUCCGUUCGGUUCCCAGGGACUCGAUCUCACACCCUGUCUCCGCCGUCCUCUCUCCGCCGCUGCCACCACCACCACCACCAUGGCUGCCAAGAUCGACGGCACGCAGAUUGCGAAGAACAUUCGCGCGGGGUUGAAGGCUGAGAUCCUGAAGAUCCAGGAGGCCAACCCCCGGUUCAAGCCCAGUCUUGUGAUUUUCCAGAUUGGCAGCAGGUCCGAUUCGAGCACAUAUGUGCGCAUGAAAUUGAAGGCCGCGGAGGAGGCAGGUAUCCUUUGCAAGAUUAUCAACUUUCCCGAAUCCGUAACGCAGCCCGAGCUCCUACAGGAGAUCACCAAGGCCAAUAACGACCCCACCGUGCACGGUAUUCUCGUGCAGCUGCCUCUCCCGCAGCACCUGUCCGAACACACGAUCACCUCUGCGGUCGCCGACGAGAAAGAUGUCGAUGGAUUCGGUGCGAUCAACAUCGGUGAACUGGCUAAGAGGGGUGGUCGCCCGCUCUUCGUGCCCUGCACCCCGAAGGCGGUGAUGAAGCUCCUGGAGGAGAGCGGCGUCGACCCGGCUGGCAAGGAGGCGGUGGUUCUUGGCCGCAGUGAUAUUGUCGGAAGCCCCGUCAGCUAUCUGCUGAAAAAUGCGCACGCGACGGUGACUCUGUGCCACUCGAAGACCCCGGACAUUGCGCGCCUUGUUAAGUCCGCCGACAUUGUUGUCGCCGCCAUCGGACAGACGGAGUUCGUCAAGGGAGAGUGGCUGAAGCCUGGUGCGGUCGUCAUUGAUGUCGGUAUCAACUACAAGCCGGACGCUACCCGGAAGUCGGGCGAGCGCCUCGUUGGCGAUGUCGAUUUUGAAUCCGCCGCCCAGGUGGCUUCCCAGAUCACGCCCGUUCCCGGUGGUGUUGGCCCCAUGACGGUGGCGAUGCUGAUGGAGAACAUCGUUUCCGCUGCCAAGGCUUACUUCGAGAAGCAGAAGGACCGACACAUCACUCCCCUUCCGAUCAAGCUGGUCACGCCCGUUCCCUCGGAUAUUGCCAUCUCCCGUGCGCAGUACCCCAAGCAGAUCACCCAGCUUGCCUCGGAAAUCGGCGUUUUCCCCCACGAGCUCGAGCCCUAUGGCCACACCAAGGCCAAGGUCAGCCUCUCCGUUCUCGACCGCCUGUCCCACCGCCGCAACGGUCGGUACAUCCUGGUCUGUGGUAUUACGCCUACCCCUCUCGGCGAGGGCAAGUCCACGACGACUCUGGGUCUCUCCCAGGCUCUCGGAGCCCACCUGAACCGCAUUGUCUUCGCGAACGUGCGCCAGCCCAGCCAGGGACCUACGUUCGGUAUCAAGGGUGGAGCCGCCGGUGGCGGAUACAGCCAGGUUAUUCCUAUGGAUGAGUUCAACCUGCACUUGACGGGUGAUAUCCACGCCAUCACUGCCGCCAACAACCUUCUCGCCGCCGCGAUCGAGACCCGGAUGUUCCACGAAUCUACUCAGAAGGAUGCCGCGCUCUACAAGCGACUGGUUCCCGCCAAGAAGGGCACCCGCGAGUUCCAACCCAUCUUUUUCCGCCGCCUCAAGAAGCUUGGGAUCACCAAGACCAACCCGGAUGACCUUACUGAGGAUGAGAUCCGCCGGUUUGCUCGCCUCGACAUUGACCCCGAGACCAUCACCUGGCGCCGCGUUCUGGACGUCAACGACCGCCACCUGCGGGGCAUCACCGUCGGACAGGCUGACACGGAGAAGGGUCUGACGCGCGAGACCGGCUUUGACAUCUCCGUCGCCAGUGAAUGUAUGGCCAUCCUCGCCCUCAGCAACAGCCUCGAGGAUAUGCGUGAAAGACUCGGCCGCAUGGUCGUGGCCACGUCGAAGAGCGGUGACCCGAUCACCUGCGACGACCUUGGCGCGGGCGGCGCCCUUGCUGCGCUGAUGAAGGAUGCCAUCAAGCCCAACCUGAUGCAGAGUCUGGAGGGUACCCCCGUCCUGGUUCACGCGGGACCUUUCGCCAACAUCAGUAUCGGAGCCAGCUCGGUGAUUGCCGACAAGCUGGCCCUGAAGCUGGCGGGCUCCGAGCCUGACGAGGACCACGAUGCCACGACGGGCUUCGUCGUGACGGAGGCCGGAUUCGACUUCACCAUGGGCGGAGAGCGGUUCUUCAACAUCAAGUGCCGGUCGUCCGGCCUGUCCCCCGACACCGUGGUUAUUGUGGCGACGGUGCGCGCGCUGAAGGUGCACGGCGGUGGCCCCGAGAUCAAGCCGGGGGCUCCCCUGCCGGAGGUGUACCGCACGGAGAACAUCGAGGUGCUUCGCCAGGGCUGCGUGAACAUGAAGAAGCACAUCGAGAACGCGCGGCAGUACGGAAUUCCCGUGGUGGUGGCGAUCAACCGGUUCGACACGGACACGGAGGCCGAAAUUGCCAUCAUCCGCGAGGAGGCCAUUGCGGCGGGCGCGGAGGACGCGGUGCCGGCCAACCACUGGGCGGAGGGCGGCGCAGGCGCAGUGGACCUGGCCAAGAGCGUGCUGGCGGCGAGCUCCAAGCCGAAGGAUUUCAAGCUGCUGUACGACCUGGACGGCAGCAUCCAGGAGCGCAUCGAGCGCAUCGGCAAGGCGAUGUACGGGGCGGAGAAGGUCGAGUUCAGCGAGCUGGCGCAGAAGAAGGUCGACACGUACACGGCGCAGGGCUUCGCCAACCUGCCCAUCUGCAUUGCCAAGACGCAGUACUCGCUCAGUCACGACCCGGCCCUGAAGGGUGCCCCGACGGGCUUUACCGUUCCUAUCCGGGACGUGCGGUUGGCGGUGGGUGGUGGAUAUCUCUACGCACUGGCGGCCGACAUCCAGACGAUCCCCGGCCUGCCCACCGCUCCGGGCUACAUCAACGUGGACAUCGACCCGGAGACCGGGGAGAUCGAUGGACUGUUCUAGACAGUAGACAGGAGGUUUAGAGGGCUUUGCUUGUUUUGUUUCUUGUUUGGAUCUGCGAUAUAUCUACUAGCAUGUUUGAUUGGUUUGGCCACGACGGACACGGGAGCAUGAAUGGGGGGAGGGGGGAAGAUGGAUUUCAACACAACACAGGUGUUCCUGAGGCGAUGACCAGAGAGAGAGAGAGAAAGAG